AUGGGCGCCGGGGCCAGCGCUGAGGAGAAGCACUCCCGCGAGCUGGAGAAGAAGCUCAAGGAGGAUGCUGAGAAGGACGCCAGGACCGUCAAGCUGCUGCUGCUGGGAGCAGGGGAGUCGGGGAAGAGCACCAUCGUUAAGCAGAUGAAGAUCAUCCACCAGGAUGGUUACUCGCUGGAGGAAUGCCUGGAGUUCAUCGCCAUCAUCUACAGCAACACGCUCCAGUCCAUGCUGGCCAUCGUGCGGGCCAUGACCACCCUCAACAUCCAGUACGGGGACUUGGCUCGCCAGGACGAUGCCCGCAAGCUGCUGCACCUCUCGGACACCAUCGAGGAGGGCACCAUGCCCAAGGAGAUGUCAGACAUCAUCGGGCGGCUCUGGAAGGAUGCGGGCAUCCAAGCCUGCUUCGACCGUGCCUCUGAGUACCAGCUCAACGACUCGGCGGGCUACUACCUAUCGGACCUGGAGCGCCUGGUGACCCCUGGCUACGUACCCACAGAGCAGGAUGUGCUGCGCUCCCGUGUCAAGACCACUGGCAUCAUCGAGACCCAGUUCUCCUUCAAAGACCUCAACUUCAGGAUGUUCGAUGUGGGCGGCCAGCGCUCAGAGCGGAAGAAGUGGAUCCACUGCUUCGAGGGUGUGACCUGCAUCAUCUUCAUCGCAGCCCUCAGCGCCUACGACAUGGUCCUGGUGGAGGAUGAUGAAGUGAACCGCAUGCACGAGAGCCUGCACCUCUUCAACAGCAUCUGCAACCACCGCUACUUCGCUACCACCUCUAUCGUCCUCUUCCUCAACAAGAAGGAUGUCUUCCUGGAGAAGAUCAAGAAAGCCCAUCUCAGCAUCUGCUUCCCCGACUACGAUGGUCCCAACACGUACGAGGACGCGGGCAACUACAUCAAGCUGCAGUUCCUGGAGCUGAACAUGCGGCGGGAUGUGAAAGAGAUCUACUCCCACAUGACCUGCGCCACCGAUACCGAGAAUGUCAAGUUCGUCUUUGACGCCGUCACCGACAUCAUCAUCAAGGAGAACCUCAAGGACUGCGGGCUCUUCUGA